UCCCAGACGUUAAAGAACUGCGCAUGCUCGGCUCGAUCUUCCACCAAAUUCGAACAAUAUGGCGGCGCUGUUGACAACAAUAACAGAGGAGUGGAUACGAGAGAAGCUACAUCUAAAUCACCACUGCCUUGCGGAUGUGAGAUCACUGAGCCUCCCAGGCUCGUACAAGGAGAAAAUCAGACAUCUGGGAAUCUCACUAAAGAACUUUGUCCGUUUGAAAACCCUGAACCUCUCCUGUAAUGCACUCAUCUCUGUCGAGGGGGUCCAACACUUGAAGAUGCUGGAGAGGCUGAACUUGUACUACAACAGCAUUCCCUCCCUUCAGGAGGUCAAAGUGCUCUGCAAGCUGACUGCUCUGAGAGAGCUGGACCUGAGGCUCAACCCUCUGGCUAAAACAGAUCCACACUACCGCCUGUACUUGGUGCACGCACUGUUCAACCUUCGCAAGCUUGAUGACUGUCCAGAGAGAAGAGUUUCAAUCAUGCAUUUCUCCUCAGACUCUGCGCUCGGACCCCAACAGAUGAGCUCCUCGGAGACAGACAUCACUGACCAAAGGAGCAGUAAGCCGAGGUUGGCCUCAGUAAAUCGCCUGUCCAAGAAGCUCUCAGUCCUGGAUGACAACGAUGACAUAGUGUUGAACCUUGUUGCUAAGUGCAACUGGGACCAAAGUGAACCUCUGUUCCUUACUGGCUCUUUCCACAAUGAACCAGAGUCCCAGCUCUAUCAUCAGACCAGAGUCCCAGCUCUAUCAUCAGACCAGAGUCCCAGCUCUAUCAUCAGAUAGACCAGAGUCCCAGCUCUAUCAUCAGAUAGACCAGAGUCCCAGCUCUAUCAUCAGAUAGACCAGAGUCCCAGCUCUAUCAUCAGAUAGACCAGAGUCCCAGCUCUAUCAUCAGAUAGACCAGAGUCCCAGCUCUAUCAUCAGAUAGACCAGAGUCCCAGCUCUAUCAUCAGAUAGACCAGAGUCCCAGCUCUAUCAUCAGAUAGACCAGAGUCCCAGCUCUAUCAUCAGAUAGACCAGAGUCCCAGCUCUAUCAUCAGAUAGACCAGAGUCCCAGCUCUAUCAUCAGAUAGACCAGAGUCCCAGCUCUAUCAUCAGAUAGACCAGAGUCCCAGCUCUAUCAUCAGAUAGACCAGAGUCCCAGCUCUAUCAUCAGAUAGACCAGAGUCCCAGCUCUAUCAUCAGAUAGACCAGAGUCCCAGCUCUAUCAUCAGAUAGACCAGAGUCCCAGCUCUAUCAUCAGAUCAAAGAUGAGUGUGAGUUUGUUGUUUCAUCACAGAAUAGUACAUUAUUUUUUACAUUGACAAAUGACCGUAUGAAUUGGUAUUGGAGCUUGAUGUACACCAUGACUGUUAGUGUAAGGAAAGUCCACCAGGGGGAGACAAGUGUUUAGAUGGUCUUUAGUUUUGCCUAGGAACAUGGGGGAUUUUGCUCAUUUAUGGCAAGAUUUCAGAGAUUUACCCUUAAUUGAUUUCAUUCAGCACUUGAUGAAUUGCAUGUUUAACUAGUUACAUUCAUUAUGGUCUACCUCUAAAAUAUGCAUAUUAUCAGCUUGUCAUUCCCAGUCCAAUGGGCUACGUUUAAGAGAAGGAUCUCGAAGGAAAGGUUCUUCCUCCUCCUCGUUGAAAACGUCAGAGGGGCCAAGGGUAACCUUUAACCCCUGUGUAGAGAAACACAGCGGGGCUAGCUCUGGACGGGAGGGGAGGAGCGAGAGAAACUCCCCAAACACUUGAGAGUCACAGCCAAAGGCCACUUCACCCCUCACCCUGGUGAGAUCACACUGAAUAUCCUCUCUGAGAAAUUUGGUGUCACAGCUGUCACACAAACCAGGUGGCAUGAAUGUCCUACAGUGGAGGCUGCUGAGGGGAGGACGGCUCAUAAUAAUGGCUGGAACAGAGGAAAUGGAAUGGCAUCAAACACAUGGGAACCAGCCAUUACCACGAGUCUGUCCUCCCCAAUUAAGGUGCCACCAACCUCCUGUGAUAUCCUAAUACAAUAUUCAGAGUAUUUUGCACUGGCUUCAUCCUCCUUUAGAUCAAGCAGACCAGCCUAAGUCUUCCUUAGUGAAGAUCCGCCCCCCCAGUCCACGAAGUCUCUGUCCAAAUAGCGCUGAUGCCUCCAACCCCAUCCUGCACCCUCCCAGACUGUCCUACCAUAACACUCAGCAGACAGCAGGGGGCUCCACCUCACCACAGAAACAUGCCAAGCAACAGACGGGAAGCUAUAGGAAACCAAUGGAGAUGCUGCUGAGCCUAGUGGACAAGCACUGGACAGGGGAGAGGCCACUGAACCAUGACCACAACUUCCUCUCUCAGGCAUGAUGGAACAAGACAUCUCCAGUGGAGAAGACGAGGUCAGGACGUUGAGAGGGAACGUUGAAGAGCUGAAGGAGCAGGCAGAGAUACGAGACCAAGACCACAGGACAGAGACCUAUAGACUAACUACACAGCUGAAGGAAGCACAUGUCUGUUGUAAGCUUCAGACUGUUCAAAGCAGCAUCUUCAAUUAUAUUACCUCAUGUUUGAAAAUUGCAUGAGACCCUGACUCCACAAAGAGUUGAGAAUGGAUGGAUGGAAUUAUGUUCAAUGUCUUUUGCUUGAAUGAGCAGCUGAGGAUGCUAUUGGACGAUAACGUCUCUCUACAGAAACAGAUGAUCAAAUUAGAACAACAAUAUCUCAACUCUAUGAUGAAAAGUUCACCUAACACUGAGAUAUUUGAGAGGCAGGCAGAGGUGGAUGAGCUGAGGAGGAAGGUAUCAGAGCUGAGGGAGAAGGUCCAGGAGGGGGAGAGAGUCAAGGAGCUGGCAUAUAUGCUGCAGUAUAACCAUAGGUCACUGGUUGCAACUAAUGAGCGUUUGCUGAGAGAACUGGAGGGGACUGGGAGACGGCUCUGAGCAGGAGAGGGAGGGGCAGCUUCACGUCAGAACUACAACAACCAGCAGGCCCACAACUACAACCCCAGGGCCAUGUUCAGUAGCUAAAUGUUAUGGAAGAUUGCAGGUAGAAAUGUCAUGAGUAGAGCCGAUUCCUUAUUCUACAUGAUGUCAGAGAGGAGUGUUAGUUCUACAUUCCUAUCUGAACGUUCCACGACAUUGUCCUGCUGAACGAGCACCAGCACCAGAUUCCUUCAUCUUAGCUCCAUAUAUACUGGUGCCAGCAUUUACACUGUUCUUCUGACGCUUUGGGAUUCAUGUUGAGCACGUAAACUUGUCUUUAAAAACUUCUGUAUAUCAUCAUGCUGUAUCCACUAUCCACACCUUUACACUGUUCCUUACUGACUGUAUCCACACCUUUACACUGUUCCUUACUGACUGUAUCCACACCUUUACACUGUUCCUUACUGACUGUAUCCACACCUUUACACUUUACACACCCUUUACAAUCUCAAUAUUUAUGACUAGACAUGUUUAAAUGAUAAAGUAUUUAUU